AUGGGCAAGACCGAAGCCUCGCCGUACCCGGCACCCGUCCAGCCCUACUCGCCCGACACGAACCCGAACCCGAACUACCUGCCGUGGCACGGCCACAUCACCUGCCUGACGGUUGCGCCCUCGGCGCGGCGCCUCGGCCACGCGACGCGUCUGACGCAGCUGCUCGAGCAAGCGUGCGACGCCGAGGACGCGUGGUUCGUCGACCUGUUCGUGCGCGCCGAGAACGUCGUCGCCCAGAAGCUGUACGAGGGCAUGGGCUACACCAUCUACCGCCGCGUCGUCGGCUACUACAACGACGACACGGACGCCUUUGAUAUGCGGAAGCCCCUGAGCAGGGAUGUGGGCAACAAGCACAUUAGGGAGAAUGGGAGGGAUGUGAAGGUUAGCCCGGAUGAGGUUUGGUGA